AUGUCACUAAUGGGAGGAAACGCAGGUGGAUCAGGAAUGAGCAACGGAGGAAACCCCAGCACCAGUGGAUCAGGCGGACCUUGCCAGAUUUACCCACUCACUGUAGAUAACAUUGACUGUUUACCUGCACCCCCAAAAUCGCAAAUAGCAUUGGCUGUCGUACUAGGCAGCGAAAAGCCCCGCAAAAGCACGAACUUCGUCACCCCUUCCGUUUAG